CAUCAGGUGGGCUGCACUCUAAGCAUCAGCACAAAGAUGCAGCAGUCAAGAAGACUACAUUCAAUGACGAUUACACCAGCAGGAAAAUUAUUUACUUCUGAGAAAUACUCAGAAGAACUGUGAUAUUCACUUUACGGCUGACCUCAGGAACUUCAGCUCCUGGCACUGUUUUGACUCGACAGCCUUUGGAAAUUAACGGGACAGAAUGGUUUGGCUCCUCACUCUGAUUUUAGGACUGCCUCUUCUCCAGCAACCUGUCACUUCCUUUGGCUCCAACUCAACACAACCCUUAAGCCACAACAACCUGACCAUCCAGGCAACUGAUGGCUUUCAAAAAACUCUACCUGCAUCACAUAACGCAAGCUUGAUUGAGAAAAGAGUUGACAAUAGAUUUACCAAAGACUUGCUUUUACGCCUUCUGCCUGACUUUAGCAUAAAUGAGGGCUCUGGGGAAGGAAGUGGACUUCAGUAGAGCCUUGAGGUUACGAUGCCCUCUACUGGUCCACUGGAGAUGGACAUGUUAAUUCCAGACAGAGCGGAGAAACAAGAUUUUGACGUGCAAGAGUUAUAUGCUCACCCUGCCCCUCCAGUUCCAAAAAAACGAACCCAGAAUAUUGAUGAAGAUGAUCAAGAUUUAAUUUUAGCAAACAAUAACAGUGCCUCUGAUCAAGCUACUUCCACAAUGGCUGUACAGUUGACUACACACAUCCACAUCCACAUAAAUAACAAUGAGAGAUUGAACAAAGACCAAACUUUGUUGACAACCAUCAAACCAAUUACAGAGAAAAACACUACAGGAAAUUCUCCAGUCAAUAUGCAUUUAGAGACAUUUAAUACAGAUAUAGAUGUGAACAGCAAAGAAGACUUGAAGGCUUCUCAAGAUAUGAAGUAUGUUGCGUCCACACAGAAUUUAAGCUCCAUCACAAAGCCUGAAAGUUUGGGACACAAUGGCACCCUUGUUACGCAGUCUGGCUCCAUUCAAGGGUUGUUUGAUCUCACGGUGGGAGAGGAACGUUAUGUUACCAACCAUCCGACUGCAGCCACACCUCCAUUACAGACUGGUAAGGAGAAACGUGAAGAGACUACGUCUGAUUUACCUGUGGGGUCAUCAUCCACAACUCCAUCUGUUUUGCAGGCAAAAAACAAAGUCACAGAUAGAGAUUACUCAAAAAACAAAGAUGACGAAAAGCCAAAAUGGUUUGGAAGUUUGUUUGGACUAUUAACAGAGAGCAACCUGUCUGAUGUCAUAGGUACAUGCAUACUAGGCCCAUAUGUAAUCUCCACCGGUGGCAAUGUGACCCAGCUACAGUGGGAGGACUUAAAACGGACACUAACCUUUGCUUGGGAGCUACAUGUGUAUAGCUCAACUGUACUAUUUCUGUUGGUAGUGAUAGCUGCAACAUUCGGAGUGAUUGGUGGGGCUAAUUUGUUCCAACCGUUUUGCAAGGCCUUCACCCUUGCUAACAUCCUGCUUCUGCUAGCAGGCCUGCUUCGAUUUGUACAGCUCAUAACUGACCCAUAUGGUACCAGAAACAUUCUGCCUCGCCCUGCCCUCACUGCUUUGUAUAACUUACCUGUUCCCUUAAUGCUCUGGGCCCAAGCCAAGCAGUUUUUGCUCUGA